AAGAAAUAUGAGUUUUAAAACUUUUAAUAAACUAUUUACUAAACACGCAAAUUAACUUUUGAAAAUUGUCAAAGCUUUAAUAGGCUUCAAUAAGCUAAGUGUUCUCCAAAAUGCUCUUAGCCCAUAUGAUAGUGAGAAAGAUAGAGAGCAUCAUUGGCCAAAUAAAGUAAUGUUGCGAUUAAUUUGCAACUUUUCAAAAAGAAUACGUUGCCAUAAAAAUAAAAAAAUAAAAAAAAAAAAGUUUUAAACCACUAAGUCGCCUCUCCUUGCAUAAGCUACGAGAAGAAAUUGAAGGUGGUCCAUCCUCAAUGACAUUCACUCUUUUUUAUACGAAGUGCUAGUUAGUACACCUAACUUAUCUUGAAGCACCGGCAUCUCACAUUUCUCAUCCACCUUAAACCGCUCAAACCUUACAUCUAGUUGCCAAAUUAAACAAAACCACCACCAUUAGUUAAUGUCCCCAAUUCAUUCAAUGGUUCCAACUUCCAAGCUUCAAAUAGAAUAAAUGAGAAUAAAUCAUUAAAUUUCUCCAUCAAAUACCCAUGUCAAAUGUCAUACACUCGUUCCUUUUUUAGAUAACUAAAAUAAAAUGAGAGGCUAUUAUUGGCCCAAAGAUUAUAUCAUGGUCCCCUUACACUACCCUUUCCUAGUGAAACAACAAGGCCCAAAAACCAAACAUCAUGAAACAAAAUAUUAAACGAGAUGAUAAAAAUAAGACUGAACAAAUGGAACUUGAAAUCAUCAAAGCUGUAGCUCAAGCUUGGCAUAGUCACUCCAACAAUGCUAGGGAAGCAACAUGCGAGUUCGAUGCUCGAAGGCAUAACUUUCGUGACACGCCUUCGAGGUUUAAACUCGAGGUCGAAGCUAUGAAUAAGUUGAAGGUGGAUGAAGAGGCUAAUAAGGGGAUAUGGAAUUUUAAUCAAUCUCUUUGGGAUCCCUUUGAAAUUGUGGCUGUAUCGAAAAAGUUGGAAACCGGGUUAGUUUUGAAUUAUGAUUUUGAUGAUUUGCAAAAAUUAAAUGAGCAAUUAAGGGUGUUUAAGAAAAGAAAAGAGAGUAAGAAUAGCCUUAGGAAUUUGUUCAAUGUAAUGUCUUCUAGGAGAUUUAGUGAUAAAGCUCAAUUUUCAGAUUAAUCAAAAACUUUCAAGUAGUUAAUUUCCGAGUUUCUUAAUAUGUACUCCAAAUUAAUACUUUUAUGAUACUCCGUAAUUAUAAUUAAAGUUAUUGAUGAUCAAAA